AUGUCACCGCCUACUUUACAGGUGUUUUCCCCACCAAGCAGUUAUUACCCGACCAGUAACGUUCAUGAACAUGUCUUUGAUCCAAAUAGCAAGGAAAAUGUUUUAUCGAGGUCGAGGAGGAAUAGUAGAGCGAAUUCUGGAUAUGCUGGAUCUUUAGGAACUCAUACAUCGAACUACAAUUCUGGCGGUAACGGAACUUUGACGGUAUCAAACAUUAUUCAAAAUUCAACGGCCGGUUCACUUUCAUCAUCUCCAUUUGGACCAUUAGAUCAAGCUGCCUCAAGAAAGACAUUUGCAUAUUUGAUAUCAGUACUGAACGCUUCUGAUCCAGAUCGCGAUUUUUCGUCCCUUCAGCCUGAGGAUUUCAAGCGAGAACCUAGUUCCACUUCAGUAGUGAACACUUUUAAUAACAUACUCUUCGGUCAAGGAUUACCUGUGCCACCAAGGCUCUGGGAAACUCUUGACAAGAAUAUUGAUUUAAAGGAAUCAUCUAUUUACAGUCACACACCUCCCGAAGCAUUUCUUGCCGACGAACCAGGAACUAUGUGGUCCAUGAUGUGGUUCUUCUUUAACAAGCGUCGAAAGCGUGUAGCCUAUAUUCAUCUCAAGGCAGUCCGUCAUUAUCAGAGUCCACUCCUUACCGCUGUCGAUAGUAGGAGGAGAAGGAAAGACGAGAUCAAAGAUGAAUAUGAUGAGGAUAAAGAUGAAUAUGAUCUUACAUAUUCCUCGGAUUCCCAAAUGUAUGAUGAAGUAGUGGGAGACUUGGAAUUGGAAUAG